GCGGGGGUGGGCGCGGGCUCCUCGGCACGCAGAGCGCGGGCGCGGCUGUGGUGGCGGCUCCGGUGGGCGCAGGGUGGGGGGCGCGACCCUUGUGCUCUGCCGGGGCUCGAACGGGGUUUCCCUCCUCCGGUCCGGCUUGCAGAGCUCGCAGCGGGAAGGGUCGGUUUGGCUCGAAGCGUCCUGACGAAGCUGUGCCAGAAGAGCAGGCUGCCGCCUCGGGAAGUUUGAAGAGGAGGAGGAGGAGGAGGAGGAGGAGGAGGAGGAGGAACAGGUCUUCCGCACACAGCGGUGCAGCCCUGAACGGAGAAAGUUAAAUUCCCCACCGGUCUGAUUCCAGAGCAUGGGCUAAAAGCCAUGUCCCUCUCUCGUGUCGAAAAUCCUUGUUUUCUGCUGUUUCUGUUUGUCUUCCAAGCAAUAUUUAUCGUGAUACUCUACCGAGGUGGACCUUCAAAUGUGUUUCGUGGGCUUUUGGACUCGCAUCAGGCUCUGGAUUACUCCAAAACUCAUGAUGUGUAUACAAACCUCAGCUUGUUUACCCAAGCUCCUGAUGACGAAGCUACGCCGUACUGCUCGGUGCAGUCACCAAUAUUUGUUGGUCCCUUAACCAUCACCUUCAGGGUGCUCCCUAGUGAGAGAACAAUCAUCAGAAAAAAUCCUUUUGUUCAGCCUGGUGGCCGCUACAGGCCACCUCACUGCUUGCCCCGCUACAAAUCAGCCAUCCUUAUAGCCUACAGGAACCAGGAGAAGUACCUUCACCAUCUUCUCUACUAUAUUCAUCCUUUCUUGCAGCGCCAGCAGCUCAGCUACAGUAUCUACUUGAUUCAGCAGGUGGGGAAUGGUACUUUUAACCGAGCAAAGCUGCUUAACGUUGGUGUCCGGGAAGCCCUGAAGGAUGAAGACUGGGAUUGCCUUCUCCUGCACGAUGUCAACCUCGUACCUGAGAAUGAUUAUAAUCUGUAUGUUUGCGAUGAAUACUAUCCCAAGCAUAUGGCUAGUGCCAUGGAUAAAUUUCAGUACACUCUGCCAUACAAGUCCUUUUUUGGGGGCGUAUCUGCUCUGACUCCAGAACAGUACAUGAAGAUGAAUGGGUUUCCAAACACAUACUGGGGCAGUGGUGGUGAAAAUGACGACAUUGCUACAAGGAUUCGUUUAGCAGGAAUGAAAAUAGUCCGGACAUCACCUCACCUUGGACGUUACAAAGUGAUGGACUACAAUGAAGAGACAGACACACAAGAGCCUUGGAGAAGGCCUACUUCCCGACACAACACCGGAAAAACAUGGAAGGAUGAUGGAAUGAAUUCAUUAGAGUUCAAGCUCCUUUCCAGGACAAAGCAUCCUCUUUAUACCAACAUCACUGUGGACAUUGGAUAUGUUCCCCCCUUUUCUUAAGCAAAUGAAAAGAAAAAGCAGUGUUUGGGCUCAGCCUGGCAGCAUCCAUAUGGGCAUUCAGCCUCUACCUCCUGUUGUGGUGUGGCAUCUGCACCACCUGAGACUAAUUUUUGUCUUUUAUGCAUUUCACUUUUCUUCUGUUUUCUUCUAAGUCUUAAAGGCUUUGGGAAUAGGGUAUGAUAGCUAAGAAACAGGCUGUGGUUUACUGUAAAAAAUUGUCAAAGCACUGUAAAACUAACUACUGAGCCAGACCCACCUCACAGCCCUCAGGCCUUGGGGCUCAAGGUCUCUUUAACAGUAAGCUGACCAAGUUUUCUGGAACCUUUGUUCCAUAGGUGGAUAGCUCUGUGCUGCUUUAUAGUUAAGUGUUAAUUGGGAUGCAAGCCAUUCUGUCAGACAGGCCUCUGAUGUACUGUAUGUUGAGAAAGUGUUGAAGCCAGUUACAGUUCUGUAAAUAUCUUUUGUGAAUUUGAGUAAAAUAAAUGUGUUUAGGUUAAGAAUUUCUAGAAUAUUUCAUAAGUAAAGGAGAAAGGUGCUCUGAUACCAAACAAAACCAGAGCUUAAGUCCUUGGGGUUUUUUCUGGCCUGAUCCACCACUGUUUAAAUGUUUUUAUUGUAGCUGUAAGUAAUUCAGGCUGAAUAGGACCUAAGGCUGUCACUUAGUCUAACCUCCUGCACAGAGCAGGGAAAUUAAUUAGUGUUUCAGCUGUUGCUCAAACAUUAUGUUGAAGACAGAUCAACCUUGAAAAAUAAUUAAAGUUCUUCUAAGUCAAA